AUGCGCGUUUCAGCUGCUCUCGCCUUUGUCGCUACUCUCCUGUCAGGAGCCUCUGCGCAUGUCUGCACAGACAAGGUGGCUGUCGUUGUCACCAACCCUGCCCCAAGCUGCGGCAACUCUGCUAGCAACGGAGAUACGUUGUUUGUAAACUAUAACCUUACUUUGCUUUCUACUUUUAAGCAGGUUGACUCGAGUGACGGAACGCCGUUCAACUUCACCCUCGGCAAAGGUCAAGUCAUCAAAGGUUUUGAUUGGGGUCUCAAGGAUACCUGUGUAGGCGAAACUCGAACUAUCAUGAUUCCCCCAGAGUAUGGCUAUGGUAACAAGGUUGUGGGCCCAAUUCCAGCCAACUCGACUUUAAUCUUCAGCGUCGAACUGGUCAAGAUUGAGUAG